GAACCCGGGAUGUAGGGCUUUGAAACUAGAAAAUGCCAGGUCUGAAAGAGAGGAAAGAACAAGUCCAGCAACACACAGAGCUCUGUGUAUUCAGAGGGAACUUGGCAGGGUUGUGUUCGGGCAGAGAAACUCCGAGUGGUACAAAGGGACGUGCCCAGAGUGGAGAAAUCAUGCUAAUUGUGUGCACCAGAGCUGGAGAACGCCACCCAAAAUGAAGAGAGAAAGGGAAGCCCUGUCCAGAGCCUUCAGUGCCCUGCGCCUCACUCCUUUUCUCUACCUUCUUCUGAUCCAGACAGAGCCCCUGGAGGGGGUGAACAUCACCAGCCCGGUGCGCCUGAUCCAUGGCAUGGUGGGGAAGGCGGCCCUGCUUUCCGUGCAGUACAGCAGCACCAGCAGUGACAAACCCGUUGUCAAGUGGCAGCUGAAGCGGGACAAGCCAGUGACCGUGGUUCAGUCCAUCGGCACAGAGGUCAUUGGUACCCUGCGGCCCGACUAUCGAGACCGCAUCCGCCUCUUUGAAAACGGCUCCCUGCUUCUCAGCGACCUGCAGCUGGCCGACGAGGGCACCUAUGAGGUUGAGAUCUCUAUCACCGAUGACACCUUCACUGGGGAGAAGACCAUCAACCUCACUGUAGAUGUGCCCAUUUCGAGGCCCCAGGUGUUAGUGGCUUCGACCACGGUGCUGGAGCUCAGCGAGGCCUUUACCCUGAACUGCUCGCACGACAAUGGCACCAAGCCCAGCUACACAUGGCUGAAGGACGGCAAGCCCCUCCUCAACGACUCGCGGAUGCUCCUGUCCCCCGACCAAAAGGUGCUCACCAUCACCCGCGUGCUCAUGGAGGAUGACGACCUGUACAGCUGUGUGGUGGAGAACCCCAUCAGCCAGGGCCGCAGCCUGCCCGUCAAGAUCACCGUGUACAGAAGAAGCUCCCUCUACAUAAUCUUGUCCACAGGAGGCAUCUUCCUCCUUGUGACCCUGGUGACAGUCUGUGCCUGCUGGAAACCCUCCAAAAAGUCUGGGAAGAAGAGGAAGCUGGAGAAGCAAAACUCCCUGGAAUAUAUGGAUCAGAAUGAUGACCGCCUGAAAGCAGAAGGUGAGCUCCCAGCCACGCACUCACCCGUCCCAUCUUCACUCAGAUCAGUGAGCUGCUGGGAAAAGGCCGAAAUGGGUGACAAGGAAGCCAGCUCUGCAGGGCCCCUUCCUCCAUCAACUGCACGAAGACUGCAGAGCAGGGAGAGGAGCGGCCAAGGUAGGACCUCAGCAGACACCCUCCCGCGAAGUGGAGAGCAGGAGCGGAAGAACCCCAUGGCACUCUACAUCCUGAAGGACAAGGACUCCCCGGAGCCCGAGGAGAACCCCGCCCCGGAGCCUCGGAGCACGACGGAGCCCGGCCCGCCCGGCUACUCCGUGUCGCCGGCCGUGCCGGGCCGCUCGCCGGGGCUGCCCGGCCGCUCUGCCCGCCGCUACCCGCGCUCUCCAGCGCGCUCCCCCGCCACGGGCCGGACGCACACGUCGCCGCCCCGGGCCCCGAGCUCGCCCGGCCGCUCGCGCAGCGCCUCGCGCACACUGCGGACUGCGGGCGGCGUGCACCUGAUCCGCGAACAAGACGAGGCCGGCCCGGUGGAGAUCAGCGCCUGAGCCUCCUCGGGAGCCCCCGGGAGGCGCCCGCGCACUGCUGCCCGCGGCCCGGGGGAGGGCAGGGCAGCGGGGCCGCAGCCCACCAGGGGCGAGGGGCGAGGGGCGAGGGGCGAGGGAGGCCCUCACCCGGCGCGAGGGGUCCGGCGUGUGGACGACUGUGAGCAUGCGCAGAUGGGGGGACGCGGCGGGAAGGCUGAGGGUGGAUCCGACGGUGAAACCGGGUUACGUUUGCUCCCGGCUCUUUAGUUGUGUUCUCAGUGGGUGUGGGUUGUGCCCUUUUAGGACCAUAUAGAUUAUUAAAUUUAUGGCCCAAUCCCCGGAGGGGCUUAUGGAAACUAACAUCAGUAACCUAACCCCCUUGACUUUCCUAUGCCCUUCCUAGGGCGCACUCACGCUUCCCACCCAUUCCCCUUCCCUCCGAACGAACUCCUGGUUCCUGGGGAACUUUUUCGGCAAGCCCAGAUUAGAGAGGCCACUUGACUCAAACGUACAACUGUCCUAAACUAAGGGGAAGUCCGAUGCCCUUUACUGGGUGUACAGAGGGCUGUUCUGAGCGUCCACGGAAUCAUUGUGAAGGCAGUGCCUUGGAGCGCCCUUCUCAGGCAUAUGGUACCUCGCUACCUACCAGUUGCUGAGGGAGGAGCUCAAGUACAAUACAUUCCGUUGCCCAGCUACCGGGGUUCUAGCAAGAGCAAAGGAUUCAAGCCUCCCACGCUUGGCCUCCUCCCAAAGCCUCCCUCAGUGACGUGCCCGGCAUUCUUUCCGUCUCUGUUCCGUAGAGAAGGGGCUUCUCACUCAUUCUCCAGGCCCAGAAGGCUAGAUCAAGUGAAGAUCUGUCUUUUGACCCCUCAUACCUA